AUGUUGGGAAAGCAUCAAACAGAAGAGGAUGUACAGAAUUCAUUUGCACCAUACGGGCAAAUUGAAAAGUGUACUAUCCAACGAGAUCAGAAUGGAAUGAGUAAAGGCUGUGCUUUUAUUAAAUUCUCAACGAAUACAGAAGCGAUAAACGCUAUCGAUCAUUUGCAUAACAGUCAAACUAUGCAAGGUGCAUCUACUCCAUUGGUUGUAAAAUUUACACCCCAUGAGGAUUUGUGA